CACAGCCAAAAAAACCGUUGGCUUUUUGGAUUUUUCCGUCUUCACUCGUUUCGCUUGCUUGCUUUUGCUUUUGUCGUCGUUGAAACCACCAUUGCUCCACUCCAUGUCGAGUUCCACCAUUGCUGCGACGAGCGCACCGGCACCGACAACGGGCAUUGUCCUGCGCGAUGCGAACGGCAACAUUAAGCUAUUCGAAACAGAGGCGCAGCUCUUUGACUUUACGCCAACGUCCUUCUCGGACGGCAUCUACAAUGCAGUCAACGACUACCUGUACGACGCCGCCGACGGCCUCCAGUCCAUGCUCCUCUCAGAGAAGCUGUUCGACAACCCCGAGCACACAAAGAAGGGCAUGUCGCUGCUGCUCACCAAGCUCCAGCAGUCGUUCGAUAUCAGUCUGGACAAGUUCGAGCAGUACCUGUUGCGAAACGUGCUGGUCAUCAACCCCAGCACACGCCUGCCAGGCGACUAUCGGGCUGUUGACCCAAACAGCAGGUAUACCGCAGAGCAGGAGGCACAGGUCGACGCCGAGAUUCAGGAGUUGCGAACAAAACUUCGAGCUGCACAGCAUGUUGGCCAAUCUCUCAAGCAAGAGGCGGCCGAGUUGGCCUCGCUCACUCAGCGCUCCGAGCUGCUCACCACACGUGUUGAAGCCGCGCUACAGGCAUGCAAAAAGAACGAUGUGCCCCACCUGACUGAAAAUGCAGAGUUCGUGUGCGACACUGCGCGAGACAUGGCAUCUUCAAUGAAAGAGCUUGCAAACGUGCGCUCCAAACUCGGUGAAGAAGAGAACGUCAUCCAAAACAGCGUCCCCACAACGCGACAACUUGCAGAAGAGUUUGCACAUCAUCAUCAGCAGAUCAAAACUGUACCAUUGAAAGAAUUGAAGCAGCUGGCCGACAUUCUUUGAACAGGCUAGAUGAUAUUCUUUGCUGGAAAAUCCGUGUUAACGCUAUUGUGAAAUAAGAUUGUGCAUUUUGAAGUCGUUGAAACAAGUUGAAGCUGCAGACUGAUGCUAUUAUACAAAGAAAGACAAAA